UACGUCCGCACUCUACUUGUGAGCAUCACCAACCCCAUACACACAUAGCUCUCUCAUAAAUACUUCCAUUCCCUACCCAUCCAAGUUCUUCAAGGACAACCAUCUCUUCAGUUAUCCGCAAUCAUGAAGUUCUCUAUCACUCUGCCAGUCAUCGCUGCCAUCCUGAACGUUGCUUCAGCAGACCUCCACUACGGUGGCAUCUGUGCCGACUGGCCCAAUGGCGCAGCAACCUACAACCAAGCCGCCACAGAACAGGCCUGUUACUCAUACUCGCAGCGACACACUGGCGACAAGCAAUGGGACACGUGCCCUGACUGUAAAAUGGCAGACAAGGGUGGCAUGAGCAUCUGUACCUCCUAUGACUGGCACAUGGGCGGUGAUGAGUGGGAAUACUACUGCAACAUGCAUGGUGCCGGUGGCGCUAUCGCUUCUUAAGUCAGAUAAUCAGGAAAUACUGAGGGAUUGGAUCGAUUUUGCACCAUCAACACACCGAAUGGGGAAUCGAAUUACUUGAGGAGAGUCACUGAUCGGUUAGGGAUUGAGCUCAGAAUGUCCUUGUCAACCGAUAUAACGAUCGAGGAUGGUUGCUACCAUCUAUGAACCAUCUAUGACAGGUUUACUGCUAGUUGAGCAUUGAUAAAUUGUAUAUAUGUACGCUUCGAAUAUCAUUAUUGUUGUUGUUGUU